AUGCUCAAUCACAACCUCCUAAUCCGUCUGCUGCUAGAAGCGCGACACCUGCAACGUCUUGGUCCCUACCAGAGAUCCGAAACUGAUCUAGGAGGCCCAAAGGCUGUCGCAAACUGGCUAGCUGACUUUGCGGACGCUGCGACGGCACGAGAUCUGCCGACAGUGCCCCGCAUCUUGUUGGUUGUAGAGACAACAUCAGAUACAUUCGACGAAAGCAUUGCGACCAGCAAGGCUAUCGCGCAUCUCCAGCAGGCUUCGCACACAAACGACUGUGUCCAUGAGAACCAGCUUGAUCAUCUGAACAUUGGCGAGAUCGAGGUGCUUGGAUUGCAGUCGUAUAAGUCGACUGCAGCACGUGCACGGGCUUUAAAGAGGCGCUUACUAGCAAUGUCUGAAAAGUCCAUGAAAGAACGCGCUGGCAAACUUACACAAUUCAAUCACACUCAUGUUCAAGCUCUCACAAAGCGAGCCUUGGGUCAUAUCAGCACUAAAAUUGACGAGCCAUUUCAACUCGCCAACGCUUCACGAUCAAAAGGUUUCACGACAAGUCUUCUAGAAGCCUGUCUCUCGGACUUUUUCUUACAGUUGCCUUCCCAGGCCUGGCUGUGGCACUUCGCUGCACCGCUUGUAGCUUCAGCCCUGCUGCUCGCCAGCUACCCACCGGGCGCCCAUAACUUCGCGCCUGAUUACCUUUUCGACGCGCUAUACGCUACGCCAUGCAAAGCAGCCAUCGCUACGUAUACAAUGUUUGAGGAUAUUCAGCACAAGUUCAUAUCGGCGGUGCUUCAAGAGUUCAAGAAUGUCUUCGAGAUCUACAUCAGCAACACAUCAUCUGCGAGCGACAUUCACCGUGAAACCCUUAGGACUAACCAUACCCACAUGGCAAGCCUCAAGAGCCACCGAACGUGCUUUUCAUGCUUCUUGCGCAUGCCUGAGAAGGUCCUCACAUCGGGCAUACGUAUGCUGAGCAUAGAUGGAGGCGGCGUUCGGGGCGUCAUUCCCCUUGUGUUUCUCCAGCAGCUCGACCGCACACUUGCGCCGCUAGGCUGCGCCAUCAAAGAUCACUUUGAUUUCGUAUGCGGUACCUCAGCUGGUAAGAAUUCCAAGGGUACUCCGUCGAUGCAACUGACUAUCGCAGGCGGUCUUGUUGCUAUAGGCAUGUUCUUGUUACAAUGGGACGCAACGGAGUCCAUACAGCGAUACGAGCAAGUAGCUGCAAAAACAUUUGGCAGGCGAAAAGCAUUAAUAUCAAGGGCUCUUCAGCUCAUCGUUGCAUAUGUUGAGGACGGUCAGUACAGUCUGGAUGCUGUGCAAGAAGCGUUUAGGAAGACGUUCAACUCUAAUUUGCAGAUGUUCAACCCGCUACGGAAUGACACCAAGGUUGCCGUCACCACUACUGCAGUUGAUGAUUCACUUCCAUGGCUGUUCACCAACUACAAUGGGGGAAAACGACCUAGGAGUGUUGGGUACGAUGUCGUUCGCGCCGAGAAGGCAAAGAACGAUAUUACUGUGAGCGAUGCGUGA